GCCGUAAGGACUCAAACCAUGGAUACUGAGCUGGAAAACAACAAUGUCGAGCUUGGAGAACCACAAGAGAGAGAGCGUCAAAGGAAACCAAGGAGUUAGUUACUUGCAGCUCAAGACUCAAGCUGCUUCUUUCUUACCGGUUUUGCAAGGAACUAGAGAUGCGACCUUGUUCACCAUCAACAAAUCGUCCCAGGGAGGAGUGGAGCUUAUACAGGCGAUUUCCUUCUUCUAGUCUUUUGUAGUUUUUUUUAGAAAGUCCCAGCGUUUGUAGUUUUGAGUCUUGAAGUGUCUACUGUUUUUAUGCUUUCCUUAUUUGUAAUUUUCCGCCUAAGAAGCCCUAAGCUGCAAAGCUAUUUAUAAAGCUCCUUCUCAGCUUGGAACAGACACCUUUUGAUGAAAUAAAGACCUAGCAUUUUC